GGCGCAGCGGAUGUUUCUUUGCGAGAGAAAAACAACAACAAUCGAUUUUUCUCAUCCUCCUCAGAGAUUUUCUGAAAAAUAGCUUUUUUAACGUGAAAAACCUUGAAAACUCCGCAAUAUUAGAUCCUCAAGGAUGUGAAGUUGGACGUUUGCUACUUUUGUAUGUGAAUCAAACCAAAGAUUAGCGAAAAAGAGUUCCUGUGUGUGAAUUAUGCUAAAUAGUGAUACAUCUCAAGGUGUUUAUGCUCCACUUUGUCAAACCAUGAGUGAUUCAGAGAGUGAAGAAGAGCUUCUACAUCGUAAUCAUCAGCAUGCAAGGCUUCAGCCAAAGUCCACAAAUGCCGUGAGAACGGCCAGCAAUCUGACAAGAAUUGAAAAUCACUUGAUGUUCUCCACCACGGAGAUUCUGGGGAACUAUACAAAUGUCACAGGGAAUGAGUACGAAAGGACCAAUGGGACAUCAACGUGGACCAACACGGUGACCAAGGAGGGUAUGUCUGGGAGUAGGAAGGUACUCUUCUUCCUCUCCAUUGGGCUUUGCGUCUUCGUUAUCGUGGGUUUCCUGUGGCUUCUACCGUGUUCCGACACAGCAACGUGCUCCAGUGGCGAAAAGGGCGCCAAAACACACAAUUGGCUACGAGAUUAUGAGAAGAUUGAGCUGAAGGGAGUUAUAAAUACAGCAGCAGGACUAAAGGGACGUGGCAAAAAUCUCAUCUUCAUGUACAGAAGUGACAGGGUGUUUGUGGAAUUUGACGAAGGAGAGCAUCAUACAAAUGGAAUCAUCUCUCUCAUUGGUAGAGGUGGUCAGGUUGGGUGGUACGAUGAGAUGCCUGAAGAACCAAAGUCAAUUGAUUGUUCACUGGUGGAUGUGAACAAGAAUGGACAGCCGGAUUGUUUGGUAGUUGGGCAGAUGGGACAACUUGGAGCCCUCGAUCCCAUCUCCGGGGAAUGGUUAUGGAGCUGGAGGGCAGGAAAUGCCUCAAAGAUUCCCGAAGACUCCGUAGACUUCCCACUAAUCCUGCCCGAUUUGAAUGGGGAUGGCGUUAAAGAUCUCCUCCAGAUUGGACUUAGCGAGGGAAAUCAGCACAAUGGUCUAACAUUGAUCUCUGGUGCCACUGGAAGGAUACUAGGGAAAAGCUAUACAGUGGCAGAAUGCGAAUGUAUCCAUCGUCUGGCCAUUGAUAGGGAUUUCCGAAUAACUUUGAGUUGUUGGCGCAAUGAGAGCUCAGUGGCAUUCAGUAAAUCCCUCGAAGAUCUCUACCAGAUGUGGACAAAUACCCCCCUGAGAGCUGAGAUACUCACCAAGCCGGAAACAAUAGAACAACAUCGUCUCCUGGGACAGAGGAAGAAUACAGAGAAUCAGUACAACAUCUACCCGGUAGGAGGGAAGGAGCUAAUUGUGGAGAAUCGUGGCAAGUGCCCACAUCAUUGCAAUAUGACGGUGCGCCUUAUCGAUGAGAAGCACAAUCAUGAACUUCUCAUUAGAAAUGGUUCCGGUGUGUAUGGGAUGGUGCCCACGAGUCUCAGCCUCAACAGCUCCAGGAGUGCCGUGAGUGGAUUCAUUAUGAAAUUCUGGGAAUGGACACCAGCUUCGGGAGAAUUUUUCGAAUCACGACGGCGCCGUGAGUUUCCGGAAGUUGUGCGAAAUCACACCCACUCACCGUUGGAACCAAUACUGAGGAUGCGUGUACUGCGGGAAGUGGUGCUGAUGAUUCUCUUCAAUGCCACCGAUACGCGGGUGAUCAAUACGAGUCAAAAUAAUAUCGUUCAGUUCUGCCUGGAGGAGCAUGGCGAGGAGAUUUUCUGCCAGCCUGAUUUGAAUUACCAGGAGAACUCCCUACUCAUUGCUGAUCUCGAUGAUGAUGGAUCGCAGGAGCUGAUCUCCUACUACACGACCUUCAUCAGUUCGGACAAUGAGAAGGAAAAUUGGAGACUCAUCACCUACGUUCAGCUGCUGCGCCUGGAGUCAGAGCUGGCGAAACUCAGUGACUUUGAGGGUGUCAAUUGAAGCCCGCAUGGACCAAAGCUGCGUAAGUAAAUCCCUAUCUCCGACGCUCUAUCUCGGAUUUGUGGGUGUGUGCUUGAUAAGGGAAAAAUUCUCGGAAUUUUUGUAAAAUAUAUGCCUCCAUGUCGCACCA